CAACAGUGCCACUCUCAUUCAAUCUCGCACCUUGACGUCUCAAUCUCCCACUUCUCUUGGUCCCGCCUCGUCUCUUCCUCCACAAAUCUGCACACCAUCACGCGCGCCAGCGUGUCUAAGUCGCACCACCAGCUCUCCUCUCGUCCGUCCAACGACCACCCCGGCCAUCCUCACCCACCCCCCGCCUUUCCCCUCCCUCCGCACAAUGAACCGCCACAACCCAAAGAUCAUGCCCGUCCUCUCGGGCGACGACACGCGCUACCGCCGCCGCUACCGCGCGCUGAAGGACAUGGUCAACGACUUGUCGGAUGAAUCAAACCUCCUCGCUCUCCGGGUCUACCAGAUCCAACGCCGGAUCUACGACGCGUACAUGGCGCAGCACGGGCGGCCGCCGCCGCCCGUCCUCGUGCCCGAGGGCGCGAGCUGGACGCCGCUCGUGCAGAAUGCCACGCAUUACCCUGCCGACGUGGGCCGGCCGCGGGCGCCCGAGACGAAUGGCCAGCAGCGCGGCAAGCUUGCCGAGCGCGAAGCGCGAGAGGAGCGGGAGGAACGUCAAGAGCGCGAGAAACGAGAGGAUCGUCAAGAACGCGACGAGCGGAGCAGCGACGACGAGGCGCGCGACGUAGACGCCGAGAUCGAGGAUAUGAUGGACGACUACUGAUACUCAUGCAUGUAUGUAUUUACUCGCUAC